AUGGGUGUUACAUCGACCACAACAAAUCCCUCGACUGGCAACUACACCACUGGUGGUCUCUCAACUGCUGAUACCACUGCAAUGCCAAUGGGAGUUACUUCGACCACUACCAAUCCCUCAACUGGAAACUAUACCACUGGUGGUCUCUCAACCGCUGAUACCACCGCCAUGCCAAUGGGUGUUACAUCGACUACGGGCAAUCCUUCGACUGGCAACUGGACCACUGGAGGAAUAACUACUGGCACUCCAGCUCCAAACACCACCACUGGCUAUAUCACAGGAUCAGGUAGAUCUACAGGUGAUACUACGGCCAUGCCAAUGGGGGUCACCUCCACAACCUCCAGUUCAUCGAGCUCGACUGAUACCACCACCGAGAUGUCUUCAACUCAGCAGGGUACCACAGCCCAAUCAACCUCUGAGCACUCCACAACAGCAUCUGGUCACUCGACCACUGCAAAGACCACUACCGGCCAUACCAUCAGCUCAUGGUCUACUACCAAACAAUCAUCGACCCAUGUUGGACAGGAUGCUACCCUCUGCAAUAAUCAAGACCAAGAUUGUCUUGCCAGACAAUCAGUCAUGGGUGAUAAUCAAUACCAUUCAUUGGCCACCACACAAGCUAAUGUGUAUCCUGGCAUUCUCAUUGCCACUCUAGUUCUAUCUAUCUUGGUGUAA